AUGCCAAAGAAAUUCCUGGACAUCUCCAUUAAAUGGACCUCCCAGGAAGUCUUUCCUCCCAGGUACCUUCAUUAUGACCCAGAAACUUCUCGUCAGCUGAUGUGCGAUAAAUGUCCCCCUGGCACCUCCUUGAAACAGCACUGCACAGCCAGGCGGAAGACCGUGUGUGUCCCCUGUCCUGACCACUACUACGCAGACAGGUGGCACUCCAGUGAUGAAUGUCUGUACUGCAGCCCGGUGUGCAAAGAGCUGCAGUUUGUCCGGCAGGAGUGCAAUCGCACCCACAACCGCGUGUGCCAAUGCGAGGAAGGGCGCUACCUGGAGCUCGAGUUCUGCCUGAAGCACCAGACCUGUCCCCUUGGAUUUGGAGUGCUCCAUGCUGGAACCCCGGAGCGAAAUACAGUUUGCAAAAGAUGUCCAGAUGGGUUCUUCUCGAAUGAGACGUCAUCUAAAGCAACCUGUCGAAAACACACAAAUUGCAGUACAUUUGGUCUCCUUCUGACUCAGAAAGGAAAUGCAACACAUGACAAUAUAUGUUCUGGAAACAGUGAAUUGACGCAGAAAUGUGGAAUAGAUGUCACCCUGUGUGAGGAAGCAUUCUUCAGGUUUGCUGUUCCUACGAAGUUGACUCCUAAUUGGCUUAGUGUCUUGGUAGACAAUUUGCCUGGCACCAAAAUAAAUGCAGAGAAUGUGGAGAGGAUAAAACGGCGACACAGCUCACAAGAACAAACUUUCCAGCUGCUAAAGUUAUGGAAACAUCAAAACAAAGAGCAAGAUAUGGUCAAGAAGAUCUUCCAAGAUAUCGACCUGUGUGAAAACAGCGUGCAGCGGCACAUGGGACACAUAAACCUCACCUUCGAGCAGCUUCGCAGCUUGAUGGAAAGCUUGCCAGGAAAGAAAGUCUCAAGCGAAGACAUUGAGAAAACAACGAAGGCAUGCAAACCGAGUGAGCAGAUCCUGAAGCUGCUCAGCCUGUGGAGAAUAAAAAAUGGUGACCAAGACACGCUGAAGGGCCUAAUGCAUGCACUAAAGCACUUGAAGACCUACCACUUUCCCAAAACUGUCACUCAGAGCCUGAAGAAAACCAUCAGGUUCCUUCACAGCUUUACUAUGUACAGACUGUAUCAGAAGCUGUUUUUAGAAAUGAUAGGAAAUCAGGUUCAGUCAGUAAAAAUAAGCUGCUUAUAACCGGAAAUGGUCACUGGGCUGUUUCCUCUCGACGGACCAGAUGCAGUGCAUGAGUAAACUGUUUCUCAGUCACUUGCGUUGGGGUUACAAUGAUUUCUUUCUCAUCACCAAGGACCCGAUUUGGCCACAGUGCACAAAAAGAAACUAUGGUGUGGAGAAAGAAUAUCACCCCCGAAAGUUCAAUAAACUGCAAAUAGUUUACCCAACUGAUAGAUCUGGUCCAGUAUCUACUGACUGUAUUUUCCCUUAUUAAUGCUUGCAUAAAUUCAACUGGAAAUACAAAAAUAGACUCUAUUGUGCCUUACUAAAUAUGGGAAUGUCUAAUUUAAAUAGCUUUGAGAUUUCAUCUGUCCUAGAGGCUUUUAUUAGAAAGCCAUAAUUUGUUUCUGUAAAAGUUGCUAAUGUAUCUGUAACACUAUUGCAGUAUUUGCUAUUUAUAUUCAUUCAGAUAUGAUUUGUACAUAUUAUCAUCCUAAGGGGAAAAGGUAGUGUCAGACUUAAUUUUAGAAAGGAAAAAUAUAUAUAUUCUGUUUAUUAUUAUGACAAAUAAAAGAGAUAAAAUAUAUUUUUUAAUGGAAAGUUUGUAGCAUUUCUUAAUAGGUACUGUCAUUCUUUCUGUGUGGAAUAGUUUUGUAAUAUACCUUUUCCUGUAUAAGCUGUAAUAUCACUUUAUAGAAAAUGCAUUAUUUAGUCAAUUGUUUAAUGUUGGAAAGUGUAUGAAAUAUAAAUUAUCUGAAUAUUAGAUGCUCUGAGAAAUUGAAUGUACCUUAUUUAAAAGAUUUUAUGUUUUUACUACAUAAACACCAUUAAAAUUUUCAAAUUAUUUUUCAUUGCUUUUCCUCUUGCUUUUCUUUGAAUGGGACAUUAACUGGUCUGAGAUUUC